GAGGGACGGAGAGAGCCAGAGACAGAGAGAAACACACAAAGAGGAAGAGAGGGCGAUAGAGGGAGGGCGGAGAGACAGAGCAGACACACAGAGACCCUCAGCCUGGGAAGCGGGGACAGGCAGAGGCACCUAGACAGCGGGCGAGUCCGAGGCCCGCUGUUGCCGCGGCGCCCCGAGCAGCGCGGGGGAGCCGAGCUGGGACCGCAGCCCGGGACCCCGAGUCGCGCGUCCCCAGCCCCGCCGACCAGAUCGCCCGCCAUGGACCCCAAGGACCGCAAGAAGAUCCAGUUCUCCGUGCCCGCGCCCCCCAGCCAGCUCGACCCCCGUCAGGUGGAGAUGAUCCGGCGCCGGAGACCAACCCCUGCCAUGCUGUUCCGGCUCUCAGAGCACUCCUCUCCAGAGGAGGAGGCCUCCCCCCACCAGAGAGCUUCAGGAGAGGGGCACCACCUCAAGUCGAAGAGACCCAACCCCUGUGCCUACACGCCCCCUUCACUUAAAGCCGUGCAGCGCAUUGCCGAGUCUCACCUGCAGUCCAUCAGCAACCUGAACGAGAACCAGGCCUCGGAGGAAGAGGAUGAGCUGGGGGAGCUGCGGGAGCUGGGCUACCCGAGGGAAGACGAGGAGGAGGACUAUGAUGAUGAAGAGGAGGAGGAGGAGGAGGAGGACAGCCAGGCUGAAGUCCUGAAGGGCAGCAGGGGGUUUGCUGGGCAAAAGACAGCUUGUGGGCAGGGUCUGGAGGGGCCCUGGGAGCAUCCACCCCCUCUGGAUAAGCCCCAGAGAGAUGGAAGCUCUGAGGACCAAGUGGAAGACCGGGCACUAACUGAGCUCCAAGAGGUGCCACAGGGUCCUGCCCACCCUGAGCCUGGCACUUAGGCAUCCAGCCCUGCAUCUCCCAGAUGGAAGUGGAGGGGGCAUCGCUGUUCCCCAGAAACCCACUCUGUCCCCACCUUAUUUUGUACCCUUCCCCUCACUCGCUAGGGCUGUGGCUUCUGACUUCUAGAAGACUAAGGCUGAUCUGUGUUUGCUUGUUUGCCCACCUUUGGCUGAUGCCCGGAUUCCCUGGGCACUUGCUGCCUGAUGCCUACCCCUGCCAGCCAUUCCCCCUUUCACCCAGUGGGAAGUGGGAUUUGAGAAAGCUUGCUUUGGAAAAGCCAGUAUAAACAGGAGACAAAGUUUCCUCCUUCAAAUUCUACUCCCCAGACCCUCUCCCCUGGGCACAGGAAACCCACAGGGCAGGACCCUAAGAUCUGGGGAAAGGGGGUACUGAGAAUCUGCAGGUGCCCUUAGAUCCUUCUCCAUCCCCUUCCCCAUGGGGGAUUCCAAGUUACCUCCGCUCUCACUGGCUCCUGCCAGGGCCCAGGAUUCAGGAAUCCUUCUCCACAGCCUUAACAUUUCGGAAAUCUUCCCCUUUAUCACUCCUGCUCCCCAGCCUGGGUGCCUGGACGAUGGUCAGGCAGAGGCUGCUGUGUUGCGUUUUGUUUGUGCUUUGAUGCCAGGAAUGCCACCUAGUAUAUGUCCUUAGCGGGGCACAUGGUGGAGGAGCCCAGGUUCUCCUGGUGCUCCAGCUGCUCUGCCCCCUUCCCCUCUUCUCUGACUCCAGGCCUGAACCGCUCUGUGCUGUAAUAAAUCUUUGUAAAUAGUU